CCUCUGUGGUGACGCGCCCGUGACGUCAUUCUCCGAUAAUGAUGGCGGCUGCUGGAGCCUCAGCCUCAGCCUCAGAUAUCAGGCAGAGAAAACCUCUGUCAAGAGCUCCUUCAGCCCUCUAAACCACCGCUGCCAGCGUCCCGCAGCACUUGAAAAAACAGCUGAAGGGAUAAUGAGAAACACCGGGGACGGCUGUUUGAAAAUAUCGCAAUAUUUGCCCUGAAUAUGUAUGUCGCGGAGCAGCGGAAAACAGCCGUUAAUCUGAGGGUGAUUUCACAGCUCGCGAUGAUUCACUGGUAAUUUUCCAGCAGCGCGAGACUCUCCUCGGACAAAAAGCACCCCGAAAUAUUCAAAAAAAUGAAGUUUACCGAGCACCUGUCUGCCCACAUCACCCCGGAGUGGAGGAAACAAUACAUUCAAUAUGAGGCUUUUAAAGAAAUGUUGUACUCGGCCCAGGAUCAGGCCCCAUCAAUCGAAGUCACAGAUGAAGACACUGUCAAGAGAUACUAUGCCAAGUUUGAGGAGAAGUUCUUCCAAACAUGUGAGAAGGAGCUGGCCAAAAUCAACACAUUCUAUUCAGAGAAGCUUGCAGAAGCACAGCGGCGAUUCGCCACGCUGCAGAAUGAGCUGCAGUCUUCUCUGGAUGCGCAGCGAGAGAGCAGUCGAGCCACGGGUCUGCGCCGCCGUCGCACUGUCUUCCACCUGUCACAGCAGGAGCGCUGUAAACAUCGCAAUAUCAAAGACCUGCAGCUGGCCUUUAGCGAGUUCUACCUCAGCCUCAUCCUGUUGCAGAACUACCAGAACCUAAACUUCACAGGCUUUCGGAAGAUUUUAAAGAAACAUGACAAGAUUUUUGAGACCGCACGUGGCGCUGAUUGGCGUGUGGCCCAUGUUGAAGUGGCUCCUUUUUACACCUGUAAGAAGAUCACUCAGCUCAUCUCUGAAACCGAGGCCCUUGUUACCACAGAGUUGGAAGGAGGAGACCGACAGAAAGCAAUGAAGAGGCUCCGAGUGCCCCCAUUGGGAGCAGCACAACCUGCACCAGCAUGGACCACUUUUAGAGUAGGACUCUACUGUGGUGUCUUUGUUGCUUUAACAGUCACAGUCAUCAUCACAGGUGUGGUUAAUCUUGUUAGCGGAGAGGAGAAGAACGUUUGGCCCCUAGUGAGAAUUUAUCGGGGUGGUUUCCUGCUCAUCGAGUUCCUUUUUUUAUUGGGCAUCAACACGUAUGGAUGGAGGCAGGCUGGAGUUAACCAUGUCUUAAUAUUUGAGCUCAACCCACGCAAUAACCUGUCCCACCAGCAUCUCUUUGAGAUUGCUGGAUUCCUUGGAGUUCUUUGGUGUGUUAGUAUUCUGUCCUGCCUCUUCGCUAAUUACACAAUGAUCCCUAUACAAGCGAACCCUCUAGCUCUCUAUGGGUUCUUCUUCUUCUUCCUUAUCAACCCUUUCAAAACGUGCUACUACAAAUCUCGCUUCUGGCUACUCAAAUUACUGUUUCGAGUGGUCACAGCACCAUUUCACAGAGUGGGGUUUGCUGAUUUCUGGCUGGCUGACCAGCUCAACUCUCUAGUUGUGGUUCUGAUGGACCUGGAGUACAUGAUCUGCUUCUACAGCAUGGAAUUGAACUGGUCCAAAUCUGAGGGGGAGCUGUGGAUUAAAGCGGGUGGAGGGAUAUGUCACUCGUAUUCAUAUGGAGUACGAGCUGUAAUCCAGUGUUUGCCUGCCUGGUUCCGGUUUGUGCAGUGUCUGAGACGUUAUCGGGACACAAAGCGUGCCUUCCCUCACCUAGCCAAUGCUGGCAAAUACUCCACUACCUUCUUUGUGGUCAUCUUUUCUGCGCUCUAUAAGACGCAUGAAACUCUUCCAGAAGGUCAGGUCUUCCUUUACCUGCUAAUUGCCUGCAAGAUCAUUAACUCAUGCUACACCUUAUUGUGGGACCUGAAGAUGGAUUGGGGUCUUUUUGACCGUAAUGCAGGGGAGAACACCCUCCUCAGAGAGGAGAUUGUAUAUCCACAGAAAGCUUACUACUACUGUGCCAUAAUAGAAGAUGUGAUCUUACGCUUUGCAUGGACCAUUCCACUUUCUCUUGGGGUUGUGACUACAUUCCCAAACAUUUCUGAUAUUUUAGCAACUGUCCUUGCACCACUGGAGGUCUUCAGGCGCUUUGUUUGGAACUUCUUCCGUCUGGAAAACGAGCAUCUGAAUAACUGUGGUGAGUUCAGAGCUGUGCGGGACAUCUCGGUAGCGCCUCUAAAUGCUGAUGACCAGACGCUGCUGGAGCAGAUGAUGGACCAGGAGGAUGGUGUCAGGAACAGACAGGGAAAGAAGAACUGGAAGAGAAGCUACAGCAUGUCCUUGAGAAGACCACGCCUCUCCUCCCAGUCGAAGGUCCGAGACACCAAAGUCCUGAUAGAGGACACCGAUGACGACACCUGACCCUUGCGUCCACAGUGGCUUGAGAAAUUGUUUUUUACAGGACCAUAGACCUCAGUGAGCCUCGACUUCAAAAGCUAUCCAAUCAAUCCAUCACAAAGCUGCCUGACUACACACACACAUAUUUCACACCGAGACCUCACUGAUUCACACACGCAACAGGAGCAGCCACUUCUUAGUUACUGUACUGUUUAUGAUUCCUUCGUUACUGCCUUGAACAUUUUUGUGAAGAUCCAGUAUGUGGAAGAAACAAAAAUUGAAUUCAAUGGACGGUGUAUAUAUACGUCAGUUCACAAACCGCUUGAUGGGACCAUGCUCAUAUAAACUAUGGACACGUCAUCGCAGCAGUUGUGAUCAAUCAAUCGGUUUAGAUACUUUGUCUUUAAAGACUUUUAUGAUGAGGGUAUGAAAACAUUCAUGUAGCAGACAUAUGGACUGAUUUACCCUCAUUCAUGAAAAACAAUUUUUUUCUUCAAUGCACAUUGUUAUUUAUGUGAAGGAGAGAUGCCUUGAACGUUGCUUUAAAGGAAAUCUUUUAAAUAUAGUAAGGAUUUACCUUGGACCUUUACCCAGGACCUCUGCAUGCUUUUGACCGACCCUCAGGUGGCUCUGAAGAAAAAAUAAUGAUUUGAUUAAUAUUUGUUGAAAUACUUUGCCAGUUGGUUUAAACACAAACCACCAAUGGUAGUUACCUGCUCUAAAAUGCCAAAUGAGAGUGUCUGCUUAUGUUUGUUUCACAUGUCUUAAAGUCAAUCCAGGUUGAAGAGGUGCUGCAUUGUAGACCCAGAGAGAAAAACGCCCUUAGUUUUAGAAGUGUCAGGCUCAUGUUAGGAGCAAGCCAAAUAGCAGAAGCAUUCCUUGAGAACUUUUCCUUAGCUGUCAUUUUGCUUCCUACAUAUGAUCAUCCUGAAACCCCAUUUUGUUGUAUCUUAAAGCUUGUUAAACACACACAAAUCUUAUUCAGCAAUCACAUUCCACUGAAGUAGCAUUCCAUGUCUGUGGUCUUGUUUUUAUAUUGAAUUUUCAGCCAGUGUCUUCCAGUUUGACUAAUUCUUAGACCACCUGAGGGUCUUCAGAGGUUCUGGGAGAAACGACACCUCCCUUUUCUUUUCAGCUAAAUCUUUGGCUGACACACGAGCACAAUGAGUUUCUAUGUGUGAAUCAUUCGUAAAACUUGUUGCAUAAGUCAUCACAUUCAAUUCGGUGUGAUAAAUUAUGUAAGGAUGGGUUUCUGAACGAUUAUGCCCAGGUAGUUCUCAUAUGAUGGUUUAAUAAUCCAUUCCAAUCAAAAAUUUGUAUUUGUACCUCUGAAAGCCUACCUGUCUGUGAAUGAGAUUGAUGUAAGACAGGAGGUACUGCAGUCGCACAUUCAUGCAAUACCCAAAAGACUCACCGGCUACACCUCUCAUACUAUGUCAUGUACUACUGUCCCAAGUAAAUGCUUGGACCAAAAAUACAAAAAAAAA